CCAGGUUCUACCCUUUUUCAGACACAACCUCGCUUAGGAGGCCAUUUGUCGCUGUUAUUCUCUGCUCCUGUGGCUUUUAUUUAAGCUCAGUAGAAAAGGUUCGUUCUUGUCGUACGAAUAAAUUAAGCAGAUUUACAGGAGAACUCGUCAACCUGACAAGCUAAACGAUCAACAAAAUGGGGAAAUCCAAGAAGGGAAAGAAGACCGGGCUGUGCAUCAAGGCUGGCAACGAACACAAAAAGAGCUCCAAAGAGAAGCGUCUAGAGGCUCGUGUGGAGAUUCAGGACAAGUCUGACGCGAUUCUGCGACAGGAGGCUAAUCGUGGCGCCCGCGACAAAAAUGGAGAUUUGAAGCAGGUCCAUACGAAUCUAGCAGACGUGAUCACUUGUGAUGUGACUGAUGCGGACAUUGAUCUCCUGCAAAAAGAACCGUCAGCCUUGCGACAGAUGCUCUUCCCGAUCACGCCAGAGGAAUUUUUCACAAAGUAUUUCGAAAAGAGACCGCUAGUGAUCAAGAGGCAGCAGAAGACGAGUUCGUUCUCAGGUUCAGCUGGUUCAGGUGACAGAGAUGACGAAACAGGAAAUGGAAACGACAAAAAGGCUUCGAAGUUUUAUCAACGUGUGAGCUCUUUGGGCCAGUACAAUCGUGCCGCAAUCGAGCGUGAGUUGAUGAAAGGUACUCUCAAGUACGGCAGUGAAGUUACGCUGGCAAAAUUCCAGAGUGCCGAUUCUUCUGGCACAAAAAUGCAAAAGGUCAUUGAGAACGUGAAGGACGACGGCGAAAUUGCGGAGAUCGACGAAGUUCGCAAUGCUUUGGACCGCUUCGGAACCAGCUGUCAAUUGAUGCAUCCGCAGCGCUUUGCACCGGAAAUCGCGCACGCGUUGAGCGCAUUGGAGGACGAGUUUGGCUGUCUCUUUGGCGCAAACAGCUAUGUGACACCAGCUGGAUAUGUGGGCUUUGCUCCGCAUUUUGACGACGUAGAAGUCUGGAUGUUACAACUAGAAGGCAGCAAGCGCUGGAGAUGCUGGACACCUAACAGCAGUGAAAUUUUCGCCGCGCCUAACCCAAAUGCAAGUGGUUCGGCAACACCAUCUAGUACUUCUCUCAGCGCUCCAGGCAGUAGUGCGUCGUCUUCUACGACUUCAAGCGCGAAAACUACUCCGACUACCGCAGAAUUGGAUGGUCAGAAUUUGUCGAGUUCACUGCCACGAGAAUUCUCUCGGGAUUUCACCCUCGAGGAGUGCGCGACCCAAAUGACUUUGCGCCUCGACGUUGUGCUAGAGGAAGGUGAUUUGCUCUACAUCCCGAGAGGCACGGUCCAUUUUGGUGAGUCUACUGACGAAUCAUCAAGUCCUUCUAAAAAACCGGCAGAAAAAGCAGCAGCUCUUUCAAGUAGUAAAAACAAGAGCAAUGCUGGAAACAAGAAGAAGCAAGGCGACCGUUCGGGUCAGGCGACACCAGGCUUCUCACAUCAUUUGACAUUUUCGACAUACCAGAAGCAUUCAUACUUCGAUUUUUUGAACGAGCUUUUGCCUACCGCGUUGCAGCACUGUCGCGUACACAGUGAGAAGUUCCGUCGUGGUCUGCCACCGCGGUUUUACGAAACCGUUGGAUGCCUACAAGGCGGUCCACCACCGGAAUUGCGCACGAAACUUUCCGAACUCCUCCGUGAGGUGGCUAAGGCCAUAGAAACACAAGACGAAGUUGUUCAAAAAGCUGCCGAUCAAAUGGGGUCCGACUUCGUUGUGCAGCGGUUGCCUCCAUCCGCUGAUCUAGUCCAAGAUCGUUCCAGCACAUCCCUUCAUGGUGCAGACAAAAUGGAGCUCGUCGGCGACGACGAAGAUUCGGACCAGGAAGAGGAGGAGAUGGAGGAAGAAGAGGAAGACAAGGUCGACGAUGAUAUGGUGGCAGAAGACGCUGACAUGUUUCCCGAAACUGACGAGUUUCUAGAAGCACCAGAAGGCGAAGACGGUGACGGAGAGGAAGAGGAAAUGAGCGACGCAGAAAAUCUUGACGAUGAUGAUGAGGACGUGGGCUCUUCUAAGAUAUCGAAGAUGACUGCUGCAGGUCUCAAGAAAAGAAAAGUUAUGCCUCCUAGCGCUAGCGACGGAGAAGAAGGAGAAGAUGAUGAAGAUUCCUCUGAUGACGAUGAUGAAGAUCCGGAUGAUAGCAGCAUUCCGCUACAAGCUACGAGUGAAAUUAGAUUUCGUCCCUAUGCUCGGCGCUCAGUUCGCUGUGCUCUCGAUGAGGAUCCCGAGACCAAGGAAAGCCAGUGCCUAAUCCUUUUUCCACACAGAAACUUGGCAGAGUUGCACAUGUGCGGCGAGGCCCGCCUUGCGGAGUACUACGCGAACUUGGAUGCAGAAGCGGCCGAAGCAGCAGCAGAAAAUUCACCCGGGGACGAGAAUUCCUCUGCAAACCAGCCAGACCGUGAUCCACGGGGAAGUGUCAGAUUGGAGACCUUGUUCUUUCCCGGCCUACGACAUUUGAUGCAAUGUGCUCACGCCAACAAAUUUGUGAGAAUUACAGAUUUGCCGAUGGAAGAGGAGUGUGACAAAAUGGCGCUUGCUGAGCUGUUGAAAACGCUUGAACUCAUUGACAUUAAACCCCUCUUCUAAAAUGUUCAACGAUGGCUCUUAUAGUAUAAGGUUAAGGAUACACCCUAAAAUCUACUUAAAUCCAUGAAGAAGGACAACCAAUAUCUGUCCUACUCCUGUGCCAACCAUUUGCAGUACUUUUGGCAGGAACAAAGAAGUAGAUGAAGCAUGGGCAAGUGAAAUGCAAGCGCGCACCAAAUUCAGAUCAGGGGACAGUGAAAACGAGGACAAAUGG